AUGGCGAAAGAUGACAUGGCAGAGGUAGAUGUGGCUCCACGCGCUGCAGCGGAGCCCCCCUCCUCCGCCGCCGCCGCCUUCCCCUACGAGGAGUAUGAGUGUAAAAUCUGCUACAAUUACUUCGACCUUGACCGCCGGGCUCCUAAAAUCCUCGAGUGCCUGCACACCUUCUGCGAGGAGUGCCUGAACACGCUCCAUCUGCGCGAGGAGCGGCCAUGGCGCAUCAGCUGCCCCGUGUGUCGCCACCGGACCCCCGUGCCGGAUUACCGGAUACAGAACCUGCCCAACAACACCAAGGUGACGGAGGACUUCCCGCUGUACAUGGACUCGGACCCUCUGCCUCAGGAUGCACUGCCUCCCUUCCCCCCACCUCUUCACCCGGCUCUCCUCGCGCUCCGCCGGGAGGAGGGCACGUCUAGCGUCAGCCAGGCAACCCCGUCCACCACCACCGUGUCCACCGCCACCACCCUCUCCCAGGACUCGGUGCGCUACGACAGCUGUCAGAGCUGCAAGCGGGUGGCGCUGACCACCGGCUGCGUGUGCGUCAUCUUCUCCUUCCUGUCCAUGCUCGUGCUGCUGUUCAUGGGCCUGAUCUUCGUGCACAGCCACAGCAUCCCCCCCUCGCCGGCGGGACCCAUCUGCCUGUCAGUCGCCAGUAUCCUGGCCAUGUUCUCGGUGGUCGUGACGUGGCUCAUCUGCUGGCUCAAAUACAGACCGGACCACGAGACGGGCCGCUCCUCCGCCACCAGCAACUCCCGCAGAAACGCCUGACUGACGGCGGGCUGAGGCUCGCGGUACUUUUUAUAUAGGAAUAAAUCUCGUCCAAAAUGGCCUUUUUAUCAGUAAUGCAAACACCGUGUUGUUUGGCCGACAUGAUCCUCUCUUUUCCUGAAGCGGUGGAUUGACAGUGAACGCUCCUGUGGUUGCUUUGAUGACUGAAUGUGAAUUCAUUUCCAGGGUCCCCCCCACCCCCCCCCACCAUCCUGCUUUAUUGUAUGCAUUUCCCACAAUGCCACUCACUGUAUGAUAAACUGUCCACUCUUAGAGCUCAACAAAGCGCUGUUGUGUUGUACAGAUGUUUGUUGACUCUCCGGGGGCUGGGGUUUGUUUUUUUAUGGAGGCUUGUGUGUUUAUGUGAGAAGAGUCCACAAAGUGUUAUUGGGUCACUAAAGAAAUGUAAAUAGUCUGGAUCAGCCUUUUCCUGGAGACCUUUCUAACCCAUGAGUUAUUUAUGAAAAUGUCCCCUCCACUUUUUAAAAGUAUAAUUUAAAUAUGUUCUGAAAAAUAGCGCGCACAUAGACAUGUAAUUCAAGACAACACGACAAUCUCGAGGAAACUUGGUUGGUGUAUUUAUGAGAACCCAGGUGGUGCAAUUUGGACAAACAGGAAAUUACUUGGAAUAGAAAAACAGGAAAUCAAACAAUCAAUCCAGCUUUGUAGAAGCAGCAGGGCACGAGGAAAAAAAAGAGGCAUACUGAUUUAGAAAUGACCCAAAAACAUUCAUGCUUUUCUUCUGGCUCAAUUUCUCUCUAUGCAAACAUGACAGAAGCCAUGCUGUUCAGUCAGGUUUGUGACACUGAAGUCUUCAAGAGUCUUAAGGAGUUUCUAGCACAUAGUAAACCUUCAUUACUGAAUACACCCGGGUUACUUAUCUGAUAGAACCCACCACAAAACAAAGUGAUGCCCAUGAGCUCCGGCUGAUCCUGCAGGAUGUAUUAUUUUAACACUGCACGUAAAGCUUGUGAUUCUGAGCCUGUGGUGGGCAACUUCUGUGCAUGAUAGGCUUCUAAACAUAAUCUCACCUUGUUGCUAAAUGAAGUAAACCUUCACGCCCCCCAGUUGACCAAAUUAGUGCACCUGUACGUCAUUUCAAUCAGUUUUGGAAAGCCGACUCAAGUGCUGUACUUAAGUAGAGUUUUGUGGUGCUUUUACUUAUAUUGUGCUUUUUACUCAUGUAAACGUGAUUAACUUUGCAGGUUCAAAUUAGAGGUUAGAAAUGUAAUUGGAUUCCAACAAAACUGUAAAUAGUCCACGGAGAAGUGGUGAGUGCUACUGGUUCAGUUUUUUUCAUGGAGACCCCUCUAUCCCAUGCUGAUCCUGCAGGAGGGUUUUGUUUGCUCAUAUUCCAGCUGUUUAAAGCUUGGGAUUUUGACCCAGUCUCGGGUAACUUUGAGCUUGAGAAAGAAAGCGGUUUGUUAGUUAAAAAAACAAUUGACGUUAUGUGUCAUCGUGCCUCACCUUGUUGCUAAAUGACGUAACCCUUCACGCCCCCCAGGUGACCAAAUUAGUGGGUCCGGAUGUUUCGUGCAAUCAGUGUUGAAAAGCCGACUCAAGUAUGGACUGAAGUACACUUUCGAGGUGCUCUUACUUAACUUGAGCAUUUUAAUUUCCACUACAAUUUGGAAGAGCACAUUACACUUUUUACUCAUCUACAUGUAUUUGUCUUCAUAAGGUUUCAAUUUACAAAUGAUUGAUGUCAUUGGAUUACAAAGAAACUGUAAAUAGUCCACGGAGAAGUGGCGAGUGCUACUGGUUCUGCUUUUUCCUGAGAGACCCCUCUAACCCGUGCUGAUCCUGCAGGGGGUUUUCUUGAACACUGCACAUGUUCCAGGUGUUUGAAGCUUGUGAUUUUGACCUUGUGUUGUGCUACUUUUGUGCAUGAUAUGCUCCUGAAAGUCUUUUUGUUUGCAACAGAAGGGAUGUUAUGUGUCAUUGUGCCUCACCUCGUUGCUAAAGGAAGUAAACCUUCCCUGUAAUCAUGAUCGAACCCAUGCACAGGCCACCUGCCACAGACUGGGAUUCCCUCUUUCUGUCACUUAAUCAAUGGAAGAUGCAAAACAGGGUUUCCAACAUGGAGCUGCCUCCCAAUAUUGGCACGUUUUUACACUGGCAUCUGAAACGGUCAGAAUAGAUACCUUGCUCUACUUGAUAAACAGGGAUAGUAUUACAUCCAACUUGUGAUGCAGAUGUGCUGAACAGUUCUGUUGUCGCUCUGUUUCCUCUGAGAUAUUCCGGAGUCAUAAUUACCUUUGGAAACAUGAGCUUUGUGGCUAAAUUUAGGAAAAGGCCUAUGAGAAGAGUUGUGUUAUUUCAGUAUCUGUAAUACCACACCACACAGAUCGAAUUCUCCUUCAAAUCUGUACACUUUAAGUGUUUUAAAGGACAUGUGGGCUCUAUCUGAACAGUGAAACCGGCUCCUUAUCGCACAGUGUGUCUGAAGAAGACGCCCCUGAAGUGGGCCUCUUGUUAUUAUGAACAUUACUGUGAAGCGUUGGUAAUCUGUGUAUGUAAUCGUUGCCAUCUAUACAAUUAUUUAUUGACUAUUCUUCAACAUGGCUUCAGGUGGUACCUUAUUUGUGUUGCAGUGAAACACCUCGACAGCCAUGGAGCACUUGUUGCGCUUCUGACUCCCCAAACUUCCUUUUUAGGGUUAAAUAUCAAAUUUGGACACCAUAGUGGUUUUGCACUUGUUGCCCUUGCACACUGGUGGUACCCCUGCCUCACUGCAUGGGGAAAAAUCAAUUCAAUACAACUCCUAACCCCCCCUCAAUCUGCUUCAAUCAUCCUGCUCAACCCUUCCCUAUCUUUUAGACGAUGCACUUUCGCCCUCUUGUUUGACACGCGUAAUGGGUGUUUAACUUUUGUCAAACGUAAGCAUAUUUAUUUCAGAGGACCUAGAAAUAGUUGUUCAGUUUUUCUGAGACUCUGUGGUUGUUGUUGAAACGUAUUUGC